AUGUCUAAAAAUAAAGUAACCAAAUCAAUAUCAAAGGAUACUGAAGGCUCCUCUGGUGGGUCUGUACCAGAAUUUAUUCAAAAGUUAUUUAGAAUGCUGGAAAAUAAAGCAUUUAAAGAUGUGUUUUGUUGGAGCACGGAUGGAACAACAUUUAUAGUAAAAGAUACCAAUGAAUUCUCAAAAUCUAUUUUACCAAAGCAUUUCAAACAUUGUAAUUUUGCUAGUUUUGUACGUCAAUUAAAUAAAUACGAUUUUCAUAAAAUAAGAAAUACUGAUGACGGACAAAGACCUUAUGGUGAUCAAGCUUGGGAGUUUGUUCAUCCAAAAUUUAUGAGAGACAGAAAAGACCUUUUAGAAGAUAUCAAAAGAAAAGUACCAGGCAAUAAAUAUAAAAUAGUAGCUAACAAGGAAGAGAUACCGAAUGUUUCACAGAGCAUUGUGAAUCCAGUUACUGUAAAAGAGUCGUCCUCUUUGUUAAAUAUACAAAAAAUUAGUAUGAAUUUACAAUCUCAAAUUGAUCAAUUAAAGAAGUCCAGGGCAGCAAUGGAAAAUAACAUUGAAAAAUUAAAACAAACUGAUGAACAUAUAAUGAUUGAAUUAGCUAACUUUAGUAAAACUUUAAUCGAAAAGGACAAGAUAAUUCAGGACUUUUUAAAAUUAAUUGCAGAUAAUGAAAAACAAUCAGCUUCUUCUUCUAAUAAUAAUAAUAAUCGUCAGUCACGGGCCCAAAUAAUAUUAGAAUCAUAUUCUCGAAUAUCUCAGUCAAAUGCUGAAAGGAUGAAUAAAUUGAAUGAGCUUCUUGGUAUCAAGAAAGAACCUCCACUUAUUCAUAAAUCAAUUUUACAAAUUCAACAACAAGAAAUGAAGCAACCACAACACAAUCUUUCUCUUAGUGCAGAUCCUGAGACUGUAUCUGCUGCUGCUGCUGCUGCUUCUAUGAAUGCAGGAAGUUUAAUCGGAUCACCACUUAAAACAGCAGAGGGGCUUACAUUUGUUACUUUGGGAAGAUUAUCCUCUAAUAUGGCAGUCAGAGAUAAUAAACCUGCAAUUGAAAUUAUGGCUGCUGAUCAAACAUCUACAUUUCCUACUUAUACUUCAAUAUCCACAGCCACAGCAGCCACAGCAGCGGCAACAGCAUCAGCAGCAACAGCAGCAGCAGCAGCCACAGCAACAUCAACAUCAACAUCUACUCCUAUAAAUACGACUGGUAUAAAACGAAAAUCACCUUCUUCUUUAUCAUCUUCGACUUCAUCCCCUCUGUCAUCAUCACAGGUCAGCUGGACUGUCCCCCCUCGUAUUUUAUUAGUAGAUGAUGAUUCUGUUUAUCGUGAUUUAAGUGGUAAACUCUUACAGGUUAUUGGCUGUACAAUUGACCUGGCAAAAGAUGGUGUUGAAGCACUUAAAAAGAUGGGAUUAGAGAAAUAUGAUUUAAUUCUUAUGGAUAUUGUAAUGCCUAAAAUGGAUGGUAUUUCAGCUACUCGUAGUAUUCGACAAUAUGAUGCGUUAACACCCAUUAUUUCAAUGACAUCUAAUUUUACAGAUAAUGAUAUUAUGCAAUAUAUUGGAAGUGGAAUGACAGAUAUUCUACCGAAACCGUUUUCAAAACGUACUUUAUAUCAAAUGCUAGAAAAAUAUUGUGCUCAUUUAAAGGCCAUUCAAAGAGUUCAAGGAUUAGAACCACCAAUAAGUCAAGACAACAUGAAUUUAUUACAACAAAGUGGUGGCAAUAUAAUAGGGUCUUCUUCUAUCAUAAAUACUUCGUCACCAGCUUCAUCAUCGUCAUCAUCGUCUCCUUCAUUAUCAUCAUCAUCAUCACCGUCAUCAACUAUUCCUCUUCAACAACAGGCCCCAUCCUAUCAUAAUACAUUAUCAGCAACAGCAACACAGAAUACAUUUCCAUUAGCACCUUAUCCAUAUCCAGUCACUAUGAAUUCAGUUCCUAUCAAUGCAACUUUAAAUAAUAUGACAAACAAUGAUAUAUCAAACGUUACAUUUUGGCCACAACAGCCACCUCAACAACAAAAUCCUCCACCUGCCAUUAUUCCUAAUAAUGAUGGUAAAUUUAUUUGGGCAGUUCCUACUACCAAUAUUAUACCAGUAACAACUCAACAAAAGCAACAAUCAGCUUCAUUUGAGACUGUUACUGCCGAUAAAAGGCCUCGUCAUGAAUAA